AUGCGGUCCAAGGCGAGAGCCAGGAAGCUGCCCAAAAGUGACGGUGACCUCGUGAGUGACAUGUAUGAGCCCGACGGGGACCUGCUGGCCGGCGAGAGCGCAGAGGACGAGGCAGAGGACGGGGCCAUGUCUCCGGUCCCCGUGGGCCCACCGUCUCCUUUCACCCCCAAGGAGGGGUCCCCAUAUGCUGCCCCCGUCUACAUCCCCGAGGACAUCCCCAUCCCACCCGACUUCGAGCUGCGUGAGUCCUCGGUCCCGGGCGCCGGCCUGGGCGUCUGGGCCAAGAAGAGGAUGGACGUGGGGGACCGGCUGGGGCCGUACGUGGUGGCAGCACCAAGGGCUGCGCUCAAGGACACAGACUUCGGAUGGGAGCCCGUGUUGGUGGACGCUGAGGACAUGGUGCACGACAGUCACAUCGGGAAGCGACUCCCACAUACUCGCUGCCCCACCCUGAGGCCUCGAGCAGGAGGCAAGGCUGGCUCUCCCAUGGGCGUUGACAUUGGGUUGGGCGUUGACAUUGGGGAAACCCCGACUCAGGACCCCUCACCCCCUGCCCUCCCCCACCUAAUACUGCACCCAGCUCCACAGUCGCCACAGGGGCACCGGGUCCUUAGUGCUGACGGCUCCUGCCGCAGUGCCAGCGUUCACCACGGCUAG